AUGAAAAAUCAUUCUCGCUACUGUCAAUAUUUUCUUUUAAUUUUUAUAUUAUUAAACAAAAAUCUUGUUACAUCGGAAUCGAAUAUUGAAUGUCGAUUUGAUGAACAAGAUGAUAAUAUCUUUUGGAUUGGUGAAACAAUUACUGGUUUCGUUGAUUUUGUUAACAAAGAUAAUACAGAUUUAAAGUUAGCACGUAUCGAUGGUGAAUUAAUUGGUGAAGUUGUUGCUCUAGUGAGAGUAGAAACCGAAUCCGAUGAGGUGGAAAAGGAAGAGGAAGUAAAAGAAAUAAUAUUCAAUCAAAAAAUUCUCGUUCAUCCACAUCAUACAAAAGGUUCGUUUUCUGUACGACGUGGCAAACAAAGUUGGCCAUUUCGUUUUCAACUUACUGAAGAUUUACCACCAUCGUUUGAACAAAAGAAAAUUGACAUAGUCAAAAUUCAUUAUUAUAUUCGUUUUUCUUUUAUUCGUCCUGAAUGGCACAGAUUCAAUAUUCAUAAAACUUGUCCGAUUGUUGUGAAACAACCAGGAAGACUUUUAAGUUCAACUACACUUAAAACAGAAAAAACAAGUCGCAACGGUGUUCGUCUUCGUGUUACUUUCGAGAAAAAUGUUGUUAUUGCUGGAAAUAAUGUUUCCUUCAAUGUUGAUUUAAUUAAUCCAAAAGACAGAUUGAUACGCUAUGUAUCACUUGUUCUUACUCAAUAUGUUGAAUGCGAUUCUCGAGAAAAAGCUUUUAAUAUCAUCAAACAAGAUUUAGAUCAUAUUAAAUCACUGAAGCAUAAGAGUAUUAAUAGAAACUUUCAAAUACCUAUACCAUCAACAACUCCAGUGACAUUUAAUUUUGGUAAUUCGAUUGCUAACUAUUAUAAACUUCAUUUUGAAGUUCAUCUCCGUGGAAUAUUUACCAAUAUUAAACUUGAAGUUCCUAUUAUUGUCAUGGAUUUAAUACCAGAAACAAACGAUAAUGAGGAUGAUCAGUAA